UCAGGGGGGCUCCCAGCAGGGCAGAGGGGUGGUGAGAGGCUGAGCCGUCACUCUUUUCCACAGCCACCCGCGCUGGCUGGCUCCGGCAGGACGCAUGCAGCAUCGAGAGCGGGAGCCAGCGGCCGGGAGCAGCAGUCUGUGGCCAAACCCACGCAGCGGGCGGCUUCAAGGGCAAAUGGAGAGGCAGAGGCCAGGGUGUAGAGUCGCAGCAGCUGUCCUGGCCGGGCCCUUGCUCUCCUCCUUCCUGCAGGCCGCCCGGGUCAGAGCCCAGCAGGGCUCUCUAGCAGCGGAGAAUGGGAGCUGGGCUGCCGAGGAAGCCCAGGGCAAUGAGUCCUCGGAGCACGCCUUCUUCUCUCUGGAUUACCAACAUGUCCAAGUCCCCUUUGAAAUCACGCUCUGGAUCAUGCUUGCAUCCUUGGCCAAAAUAGGCUUUCAUCUCUAUAGCAAGCUGCCUUCCGUCGUCCCGGAGAGCUGUUUACUGAUAUUUGUAGGACUCAUCAUGGGAGGCAUCAUCUAUGGCUUAAAUGACAAGUCGCCACCCGUUAUGGACAGUGACAUCUUCUUCCUCUACCUGCUGCCACCCAUCGUCCUCGACGCAGGGUACUUCAUGCCCAGCCGUCCCUUUUUUGAGAACAUCGGCACCAUCCUCCUGUACGCGGUGGUGGGGACGAUAUGGAACGUGUUUGGGAUUGGCUUCUCGCUCUAUGGCAUCUGCCAAGUGAGGGCCUUCCACCUGCAGGACGUCUCCUUGCUCCAUAACCUCCUGUUCGGCAGCCUGAUCGCUGCGGUGGACCCGGUGGCAGUGCUGGCUGUGUUUGAGGAGAUACACGUCAACGAAAAGCUGCACAUUUUGGUCUUCGGCGAGUCGCUCCUGAAUGAUGCGGUGACCGUGGUGCUCUACAAGUUAUUUCGCUCGUUCUGUGAAAUGCCAGCCAUCAAGACUGUGGAUGUUUUUGCUGGAGUUGGAAAAUUCUUUGUGGUGGGGAUUGGAGGAGUUUUAGUAGGUCUUACCUUCGGGAUGACGGCCGCCUUUACCACGCGAUUUACCAAGGACAUCCGCGUAAUUGAGCCGCUCUUUGUCUUCCUGUACAGUUAUCUGUCCUAUCUCACUGCGGAAAUGUUUCACCUCUCUGGAAUCGUGGCCAUCAUUGCUUGCGCCAUGGGCAUGAAACGUUACGUGGAGGCCAACAUCUCUCUGAAGUCCCACACCACAGUCAAGUACUUCAUGAAGAUGUGGAGCAGCGUUAGUGACACCCUCAUCUUCAUCUUUCUUGGAGUUUCCACCAUUGGAGAAAAUCACGAGUGGAACUGGCCAUACAUUUGCUUCACUGUCAUUUUCUGUCUCAUUUGGAGAGCACUAGGGGUUCUUGUACUGACCUUCUUCGUGAACAGGUUUCAUGUGAACACUGUCACCAGCAAAGACCAGUUCAUUAUAGCGUAUGGGGGUCUCCGCGGAGCCAUUUGUUUCUCUUUGGUUUUCUUGCUUCCUGACUUUCACAGAAAGAAGCUCUUCAUUGCAGCAACUACUGUUGUCAUCCUCUUCACCGUGUUUGUACAGGGGAUGACCAUCCGCCCUCUCGUUGACCUGUUGCAUGUCAAGAGGAAAAGAGAGAGUGCUCCCACGGUGGGAGAGCAGAUCCAUAUCCGGUUCCUGGAUCAUUUGCUGGCUGGCAUAGAAGAUAUAUCUGGACACUGGGGACAGUAUUACUGGAAAGACAAGCUCGAGUAUCUCAACAGCAAAUACCUGCAGAAGAUCCUGCUUCGAGAGUAUGACCAGCCAAAAUCCAGUAUCGUGCUUCUCUACGAAAAGCUGGAGCGGAAGCAUGCCAUCGAGCUGGCAGAAGCCGGGCAGCUGGGUCACGCUCCGUCUCACCCGUCCUUGCUCAACAGCGACAGGACUGUCAUAACAGACAAAAAGUCAGAGGAUACCCUGAAUCCGGAUGUCCUGGAAAAUAUACAGGAGAUAUUGGCAAGGAACCUGUACCGAAUAAGGAGAACGGGCCCGGCGUACAGCAGGCACAGGCUGCCUGGAGAGACAGAGCCCACGGAGCAGGCCAAGGAGAUCCUGAUCCUGCAGCGCAGGAGCCUGCGGGCAGACACGGUUGGAAGUGAUGGGGGCAGCUCCAGGAGGGAGAAGGAGGACUCCUCCCCGGCGCAGGGCAGCCCCGACGUGCAGCCCAGGCUGUGCCGCUCCCUCACCGUUGGGAAUGCAGAAAAGGUUCAGGCCGUGAAGCAGAACCGAUCGCAGUCCGUGUGUGUCAUCCCACCGCCGCAGCCUGGUGGCACCGCCUGGGGUGAGAAGGAAGAAGCAGAGAAAGAGCUAACUUUGGAUAUGUAAAAGCACAAGUGGUGCUGCUGGCUUCCCAGCAUGGAAGGCUGUUUCAUGGAUGUCUACAAUACAAUCUGCUUUUUUAUUUUUUUUCCUGUAAUGGAGGCCAGCAACAUGAUGGUAAUGUAAAUAAGAUGCAUAUUGAAAAGGACAGCACGGAGUGGGCAAAAAAAUCCUGAGUGAUCGACAUCAAAAUGUGCUCUCAUUGCACAGCACUGUACUUUUAAAGGGAACCAAGAAAAAGGGAAAAGAUGCACAGACAAGCACCAGCAAUGCAAGGUAAUGCCUGAGAGGGGAGCUAAGAAAAAUUAGUUUGCUCAUUCUGGGAAAAUUGCUGAAACUGCCUGCAAGUACAAGAAAAGAUGUUUUAAUAAGAUGAGAUAUUGGGUCUUCUCAUUAGUCAGCAGGGAUAGAAUAAACAGCAAGGAGCAUUUAGAUUAUAUGUUAAGAGAAACUUUAUAAUUUCAAGGAGAGUUUUAUUAGGCAACGGAGCAUGCUACCAGGAAAGGCAGCAGAAACACCAAAAGUCCUCUCCCGCAUCUAAGGAACUGGUGGGUCCUGAAUAUGAACAUUAACCCUGUGAAUUCCGGGGUUAAAUCGUGUUGUUGAAUCAGGUGGUGUGUCUGAUCCCGUGUCAGGAUUUCUGCUGCCACUACUGAGACUGCAGCUUUGGAGGAGGUUUGAGGCAGUCUCCUCACUAUUAAAUAGAGAGGGGGCCCCCAGCCCCUCUGCUGUCAGGAAAGCCACAGUCCCAUUUUGCAAGAGGUGAACUGCAAGGACAGCACCUGCGGAUGAGACGCUCCAUGCCUGGAUAAUUUUGUCUGAAACUCCAGGUAAGUGUUCAAGCCUCUGAAUUCUUGUCCUUAGCUGAACCCCAAGGGCUCAGUUCCAGUACUGCAAGCGUUGGCAGUUUUCUUUCUCUUCCCCUUCCUCUGCAUUGAAGAAUUCAAGAGCAUCUAAUUGGAACAAGUGGCCAAAGAGACUCUUUCUGAAUUAAAAAUAAAAGAAGUUAUAGGAAUUCGUGUACUUUCCUCCUUGAUAUCCUUGGACUUUAGGAGCCAAUCUCCUGUGUGCAGAAAUACUCCAUUAGGAGAUCGCUGCCCGGUACGCUGCAGCUUUCAUUUUAAAUUAAAGACACAAAAUUGUGUGUGUUUGCUUUACAAAGGCAUGUGGGUCUCGAUUAUCAUUUGGACAAGCUCCUUUACAAUGUCCUGGAAUAAGCUGAUACACUUCAGUUUUACGUGAAGGCCACUCCUCGCUGCCCCAACACUGAAAAUCAGACCUUGUAGCCUUAUACUAUUUUGUGCAUGCAGGUGCAUGUGUGUGCAUAUUUACUGAUUUUAGUAUAAUUCUACUGACAACCUCAAUGGUAGUUUUGGUUUGGUUUGUAGUUCAAUCCAUAUUUUUAUAGGAGUCAUGCCUUUGUCUACGCUUAAGUUAGAAACUAAUCCACACCAUCCUUCAGCAUGACGCAAAUACAACAUGUACUGCAUUUCUAUCUCAAUUAAAUACCUUGUGUUACGAGAUCA